AUGUAGAGAUACCAUAGGAUAAAACUAAUAGGUUAAGGAAGUUUUGGAAAAGUAUACAAAGUAAGAAAUUAAGCAAAUGAAUUAAGAGCAUUGAAAAUAAUAGCAAAGAAAGAUUUCACAGAUCAAAAUGAAAUAGAGAAUAUGAAAAAACUUGAUCAUCCUAAUAUAAUGGCUAUUUAUGAGAUAGCUUAGGAUGAAAAUUAUUAUUAUAUAGUAAGUCAAUUAUGUGAAGGAAUUGAAUUAUUUGAUGAAAUCCACAAAAGAAUAAAAUAAAAUAAAAUCUUUUCUGAAGAUGAAGUUAGAUAUAUAUUCAAGUAGAUUUUAAGUGCUAUAGCAUAUGCUCAUGAUAAAAAUAUUAUGCAUCGUGAUAUCAAACCUGAAAAUAUUCUAAUUGAUCCUACAGAUUAACAUAUAAAAAUUAUAGAUUGGGGAUUGAGUAAAGAUAUGACCAAUCUUGUUUCAAUAAAAUAAAAAAUAGGAACUAUUGAUUAUGCAGCUCCAGAGGUACUCUUAGAAAAAGGGUAUGAUAAUAAAUGUGAUUUAUGGUCUUGUGGUGUAAUUUUAUAUAUUUUACUAUCUGGUGAAUCUCCAUUUCCAGGAAAUAAUACAGGUGAAAUAGAAUAGAAAAUUAUUAAAUCUAAAAUUAAUUUGAAAUUGAAAAUUUGGAAGGCAAUUUCAAAUGAUGCCAAGAAUUUAUUAUAACAUUUAUUAGAGAUUGAUCCUGUUAAAAGAUUUAGUGCUUUAAAAGCUUUAGAAAGUGAAUGGAUUCAAAAAUAGAGUAUAUCAACAAUUAAUGAAAUAUCAACUCAAGAAAUGCAAUUUAGACUUUUAAAAUUAUCUAGAUUUUGUUGUGAAAGCAAAAUGGUUUAAGCUACUUUCCAUCUUAUGAUAUAAUAGAAUUUGACUCAAGAAAAGUAUAAGUAAUUGAGGUAAACCUUUUAGGAACUUGAUAAGAAUGGUGAUGGAAAAUUAAGUAUAGAAGAAUUAAAAGCAUAUUGUAAUGAUGAUAUUGAUGUGGAAGAUUUAUUCAAUAGAGUUGAUACAGAUAAAAAUGGGUAUAUUGAAUUUACAGAGUUCUUAACAGCUGCAGUAGAUAUGAAGAAACUUGCUUCUCAUGAUUAACUUAAAGAUGCAUUCCAUUUACUUGAUUAAAAUGGAGAUGGAUUUUUAGAAAUUGAUGAAAUUAAAAAAAUUUUUAAUGGUAAAAUCUAAGUUCAAGAUGAAAAUUAAUGGGAUCAAUUAUUAUAAGAAAUAGACAAAAAUAAUGAUGGUAAAAUAUCAUUAGAAGAAUAUUAAGAAGCUAUAACUAAAUUUAUUGAUUACAAUUAACCUUCUUCAAAUUUUGCUAGUCAAAAUCCAAAUCCUGAACCAGAACCAAAUAUCACCAAAAAAGUUAAGUUAACUGAAUCCACUUAUAAACUAAGAAAUAGGUAAAUUAAUUGAUUUUAUAUUAUUAUUUUAUAAAUUGGUUGCACUGCAUGAAAAAGACUUAUAACUUAAAAAUUGAAUUAAAUAGUUCAAGUUCUUCAGAGAAAACUUCUCCUUAUUUAGAUAGUGAUGGAAAGUAUGUUAUUUAUAAGUUAUAUAAGGGAAUAUUAUGAUUAUUUUGAUGCAAUUAAAAUUGGCAAUAUAACUUAUGGUGAAGUAAGUGCAAAAAGAUGUGGAAGGAUUACUAUGGAAGAUAGAGUAUAUGAUCAUUGAUAUAAUUAAAUAGUUUUAAGCUAUUGCAGACUUUGAUGGAAAAUAAUAAUAAUUUUAUUUUGGAGUCUUUGAUGGUCAUGGUGGAUCUUAUGUGUCAAAGUUACUUCGAGAACAAUUACAUUUUCAUUUAAAAAAUAAUAAGUUUUUCAAUAAUGAUAUUGAAUAAGCAAUUUUAGAGAGUAUUGAUAGCUUUAUAUUUCUCAAAAAUUAGGUUUUAAUUAAAUGAAUAUUGAUAUUCUUAAAUAAUAACACUUAU